UCCAUUUCGCAGCACCACCUGAUCUUCCACUGCCUGUGCCCCAUAUAAAGGCUGGCGUGAUUGCUGAUCUCAGCUAGUCUGACAGUCUCUCUCUCUCCCUCCUCUCUCUGUCUGUCUCCAUCUCUUCUCUUCCUCACUGGUCCCUUAAGCCUGCCGCAUCACAGGAGCUAUCCAGUGCUGAACAGGAUCGCUUUUAUUUUUUUAUUUUUUUAUUUUUCUGGGGGAAGCUGGGGGAGCCAGAGAGUAUCACACAGCAUUUUGCCGUCAGCCUUGUUCUCCACUUGGUUUCCAUUUUCUUUCUUAUCUUAUGUUUUUUGGCCGUUUGUCUCCGCAUUAACCGCAAGGAUUACCGUCAAGCCAGAUCUGCUCGCGUGCUUCCUUUCAGAGGGUCUUUCAUUUUUUUUUUUUUUUUGCUCAUGCGUUUUUCUCAGCUCUGUGUUUUUAUCCAUUGAAACAUGCCACGCUCAUUUUUGGUGAAGAAGAUCAAGCUUGAUGAUUUCACUUCGUCCAAUGUGGCCACUUCCAAUCACCACCAUCACCACCUGGACGACUCGUACACUUUUGCACGCUCCAUCACAGACUCGGUGACCAGCCUCGGGGUUCGUCUCAGUGAGAAUGGCUACAUCCAGGAUUACAUCACGCCAUCUGUAUACCAGGGGGAGAAGAAGAUGGAGCACAAGCUGGCUUCGCCGGUGUCGGAUCCCCUCUACACCCAGGUGAGCAGCGGAGAGGAGUACUGUGACCCCGACCUGAAGCAACCCGACAGCCCCCAGUCUGGCAUGACGGCCAGCGGCUUCUACAGUGGUGAAUCGGAGGCCCUGGCCGAGGGUUACACCAUGGAUGCCUUCUUCAUCUCCGACGGGCGCUCGAGGCGGAAGGGGGACAGCGAGAGUCGCGAGGGCGGCUCGAGGAGCAGCAGCGCCAACGGCGGGGCUCAGGAGAGGGCGGCCGGCGGGGCCCGCCACUCCUGCAACGAGUGCGGCAAGACGUACGCCACCUCCUCCAACCUCAGCAGACACAAGCAGACGCACCGCAGCCUGGACAGCAAGAUGGCCCGCAAGUGUCCCACCUGUAACAAAGUGUACGUGUCCAUGCCGGCGCUGGCCAUGCACAUCCUCACCCACGACCUCAAGCACAAGUGCAACGUGUGCAGCAAGGCCUUCAGCCGGCCGUGGCUCCUCCAAGGUCACAUGCGCUCGCACACGGGGGAGAAGCCCUUUGCCUGCGCACACUGUGGCAAAGCCUUUGCUGACCGUUCAAACCUCCGCGCCCACAUGCAAACACACUCUGCCUUCAAGCACUACAGAUGCAAGCGCUGCAAUAAGACCUUCGCUCUCAAGUCCUACCUGAACAAGCACUAUGAGUCGGCUUGCUUCAAGGGCUCUGCGGACGAAGACGACUCUGGAUCAGAAAACUAGCCGCGAGGAAGAAGCUACAAUUUUGAACCCCUUGUUGUAGGUUCACAACCAAUAACCCUGUUCACUCUGCCCUCCAUGCCUUUUUUCUUCCCUUUUUUUAGAAAGCAAUAUUUUCACUGAGAUUACGUGAAGAAACUGAUUAUGGCAAAGACAAUUUCAAAAAGAUGCUGGAUUUUUUUCCCUGCACAGUAGCUAAUCGUCCACAGAAACAUACAAUCAAACAACCUUCCCCCAAAUAGAGACAGUAGAUGAUAGUUGGACACGAUGACGCAACAUGUGCUCGCACGGACGUGGGUUCAUGUAAACACACUUACACACAGACAUGUAUGCAAAUAGACACACGCACGCACACACGCGCACACACACACACACACAAACACUAAUGUACACACGUGUGCACACAUACACACAAUUAUAUAUGAGGCCUGGCAUGUGAAUUUUUAUCAAUGACUAUAAUGAUAUUGAUAUCAAUAGUAAUAAUAUUUAGAUUCCUGAUAUUUUAUAGCAAAUAGUAAUGAGAAAAUGAAAAAAAACAAAAACACAAAAAAGGACUAACAGUGUUCUUUUGUUUUUUAGAGACAAAAUGACCUCUUGUAUUUUUAUGCUGCUUUUUAUUUGCUAAGAAUUGAAUUCUUUUGCAACUGCCAACAUGAACUUUUUAUGAAAAUGUGAACUAUGACAGUAUUUGCAAAAAAAGGGAGAUCAUUUUAAAAGGUGAAAAGACAAACCCCCUUUUUCCACACCAAUGUUUCAAUUCAACGGAUGUUAUUUUUCUAUUUGAUUUUUCUAAAUUUAUUUUUUUGUGCUUGUUAUCCCUUGUCGAUCUAAAGCAUCUUUGUAACUGUGGGUAUUUAAAAAGAAAUAAGAGGCUAAUUUAAAUAAGCUAUACACGAUCAUAGGACGCCAUAGGUCAUUCAACUCAAUUCUGCAAGAGCAGUGAUUUUAGAACAUUUAACGGGCCUGUUGAACAGGUUAUCACACAUCAAAUUCAUAGUCUCGCCCUGAUGUACAGACUUGGACAGAAACACUGGGAGCCAGACCGAAUGAUCUGUUGUUAUAAGUGCCAUGUGCGGUCGACUUGUCUAUAGCAAUGAAAACUCUCGUUGUUCUUCCUCCACCAUGGUGGCUUGCAUAAACUCUGCUGCCUUUACGGUGCAUCGUCCAGUCUUAAAGAGCAAUCUUCCCCCCCAUUGUUUGAGGUGCUCCCCCUCCGCCAGUGUUACCUCAGAGUGAAGGUAUGGACUCACACACCCUCAGUUACAAAGUGACAGUCAAAUGAUUCUGUUUGUCUGUUUUAUAUGUCGCUCAAAGCUCCGCCCACGGUUUAGAUGCAUACCAUCUAUUUAUCAUGUAAAUACUUUAUUUAACUACCUAUUUAUCUAUUUAUUUAUUUAUUUAUUCACCCUAUUUUUGUGUAUUUAUUGAAGACUUGCUUAUUUGUUCAUUAUCAUGUAUUUAUUUAUUGUUUAUAAUUUAAAAAAUGAACAUCCAUUGACCUUGUAAGAUGCUGCUGAUCUUCAAAGAAAAUGUUUAUAUGCAUGAAAACUGUAGAGAGUCCUUGGGACUUAGUUUUUUAAAGAGGAACAAUGUACAGUACCAGUGUUAGGAGACUUCAAACGAAUGAAUGCAGAAUUAACUUUUGUUUUUCGUGGCAAUAACUUUACUGACACAGCAACUGACAUGUAUAACAAUCACAGCUGUCCUGUUUUCAGUCGAUUUAGGGCAAUAAAAAGAAACGAUGAAAACAAAACACUAAAAUACUCUCCAUCUUGCUGUUUUCCAAAAGUCCACUGCAUCCUUUCGACUCAAGAUUUUUGGCCCUUUUCGUCUUUAAAUCUCAGGCAAUAAAUAAAUACCAGAAAUGGCCAACGGUGAUGUGCAUGUAGACAUCGCCAUGAACAAAUACCACCCGUUAUAUAAUAAGGUAGGUGUAAUCUAGUUUCAACAGCGCAAAAGCAAUAAUAUUAGUGAUGCAGUAACUAUGAGCAAUCCUUCAUACAGCGAGUCCAAACUUCCUACAGGUGUUAAUCCGACUAGAAGUCUAAUAUUCUAGAAUAUAAUCAUUAUUUCAACCGUCUCUUGUAUCAAAAAGCAACAAAAACAAAUCUCUUCUGGCAGCUGAAAGGCAGGCGUGAUACGACUGAAAUGCUAGAAGGUUACACAACAGGAUUUAUAUUAUUCUAAUUUAGGUCACUGACAUAAUAAAGCAUUAAAUUAAAAGUUACAACUGCUCCCAGAUUAUUCCGUGCAGUUAAAAACAGCAAAGGGAAAUCUCCGAGGUGUCAAAAGAGAGAAUGGAUGGAGGCGUGUGCGUCUUAACCAGCACUAAUGGAAAAGAUCUUGUCGUGAACAGUCUUGGUAGAGAAAGUUUUUUCAAGAUUGCUGUAAUAAAAACGACGCGCUGUAAUGCACUUCCAACUCCCCCAUCAUUUGUCCCUGCCUCUCCCCCCCCCCGACCGGCUGUCCCAAUCCCGUCCCAACUGCGUCUAAACAGACGCACCGGGGAUGAGAUGUGCUGGAGUGGGAUUGGCGGAGGGUGGUGGAGUGUGGGAGGAUAACAGGUGUUUGCAGACAGACUGCAGAUAGGGAGCGUAAUUGAGUCGGUGAGCGACCUCCAAGGGGAAGGUCAAGCACCAGCAGGCAAAUGCGCCGUCAGCGAUUUGCAUAUUCCAAAUGGAUGACACGAUCGCAGUAGUGCUGAGCUCGCCCGAAAAAAACAAAACAAAAACACCAAAAACGGAGGAGAAAAGAGGAGUUUCUGGUCCGUCGAUGGUCGUCUGAGCGCUGCGGCUGAAUCCCUGCAUGAGGGCAAACCACCUGUCUCCUGGUGCACUUGCACAACUAACAGUUGCUGUAUUAUUGAACUAAUGCAGCAUCACUUCCUACAGAUCCUAGAUGUUUUAUUUUUUACUUUGUGACAGAGAUAUAAUGCAUCUCUCCCAAAAACCUGGGGACUGUGUUUUUAAUGAGGCAGAUAAAAGCCUCGAGAUCAUUAAAAACAUCAAUUGGAAACGUACCGCAGGCUUCUAAAGCUGGCAGCAUCACAGGUCGUCCUCAGAGGAAACGUGAAUUACAGAAAAAGAUUUCUUCUAAACUUCUCAAUUUAGAUGUAGGGAAACAUUGUUCCUCUUUGAUGCUUUUUUUGUAAAUAUAUUUGUAAAUAUAUCACAGCAAUAAUAUGACAAUGCAUGUAGACAUUUAAUUGCUCUUUUUCUAUUCAUGUUGUCUUUUAUUUAUUUAUUCAUUUUUAUUAAAAAGAAAAGACAAAUACAGGUACCAAUUGCAGUCAGGGUGGCCAUGUGAAUCAGGGAGUGUCUUGAUUAAAAAGCUAUCUGUUGUAAGUCAGAGACAAAAAACUUCAAACUCUGUGUAUUCUGAAAGAUUUGAUCAUGUUCUGUAUGAUUUCUCUGUUAUGUUUUCUUUUAUUUAUGUGCCCGGCUUGGCUGCGCAAUGAAAAAGUGCCAAAAAGUAUGAUUUCCAUGACAAAAGCCUUCAACAUAUGGUCGGCUGCUUGAAACCUUCCAUAUGGUCCUCAAAGAAAAAAAACUGAUUAAGAUUUUCCACUUUCUUUCUUUCUCUCUCUCUCUCUCUCCCUCUCCCUCUCUCUCUCUCUCUCUCUCUUUCUCUCUCUCUCUCCCUCUCUCUCUCUCCCUCUCUCUGUCUGUCCCAGCUGAGUAUGAAGAAACUUAAGCCAUGGUUGCUGAAGGGUGUUUUGAUUUAUCUUGUUCUGCUACAAUUAUUAAUAAUGACAACAAUAGCAACAAUAACGUUAAUAAAAACAAUAGCACAAGGAA